GCUGAUGGUGGAGCUGCUCGCCGUGACGCGCGUCCUCCAGCCAAUGCGCUGGUUCCUUCCUGGUUCCGUCCACUUAUCAUCCCACUCCAGGCGUCACGACCGCCUUCUCCGAGACACGAGACAUCCACGGCACCGUCCUUGCACACAGUUAGGCCGGAAAGAUCCAGAUCCUGAAACCAUGUCCAUCCUGAAGAUCCACGCUCGUGAGAUUUUUGACUCCCGUGGCAACCCCACUGUUGAGGUCGAUCUAUACACUAAGAAAGGCCUUUUCAGAGCUGCAGUCCCCAGCGGCGCUUCCACGGGCAUCUAUGAGGCUCUGGAGCUCCGUGACAAUGACAAAACACGCUACAUGGGCAAGGGAGUCAAAAGAGCAGUUAAAUAUAUAAAUGAGUUCUUGGCCCCUGCAUUAUGUAACCAGGAUGUGAACGUUAUGGACCAGGAGAAGGUCGACAAACUGAUGCUGGACAUGGAUGGCACAGAAAACAAGUCUAAGUUUGGUGCUAACGCCAUCCUGGGCGUCUCCCUGGCUGUGUGCAAGGCUGGUGCAGCAGAGAAGGGCGUUCCCCUCUACCGUCACAUUGCUGACCUGGCUGGCAACCCUGAAGUCAUCCUGCCUUGCCCUGCUUUCAACGUCAUCAAUGGCGGCUCUCAUGCAGGCAACAAGCUGGCCAUGCAGGAGUUCAUGAUCCUGCCCGUUGGGGCCAGCACCUUCAAGGAGGCCAUGCGUAUCGGUGCCGAGGUCUACCACAACCUGAAGAAUGUGAUCAAGGAGAAAUAUGGCAAGGAUGCCACCAAUGUGGGAGAUGAGGGAGGUUUCGCCCCCAACAUCCUGGAGAACAAAGAAGCUCUGGAACUCCUCAAGAAUGCCAUUGCCAAAGCCGGCUACACUGAUAAGAUUGUUAUUGGCAUGGAUGUGGCUGCCUCCGAGUUCUACAAGGGCGGCAAGUACGACCUGGACUUCAAGUCUCCAGACGACCCCAGCCGCUACAUCUCCCCUGACAAGCUCGCUGACCUCUACAGGAGCUUCGUCAAUGAUUACCCUGUGGUUUCCAUCGAGGACCCCUUUGACCAGGAUGACUGGGAGGCAUGGGCCAAAUUCACCGCCAGCACCAGCAUCCAGGUGGUGGGUGACGAUCUCACCGUCACCAACCCCAAACGUAUUGCCAAGGGUGUGGCUGAAAAAUCCUGCAACUGCCUGCUGCUGAAGGUCAACCAGAUCGGCUCGGUCACCGAGUCCCUCCAGGCCUGCAAACUGGCCCAGAGCAACGGCUGGGGCGUGAUGGUCAGCCACCGCUCCGGAGAGACCGAGGACACCUUCAUCGCUGACCUUGUGGUCGGCCUCUGCACUGGACAGAUUAAGACAGGAGCACCUUGCCGAUCUGAGCGUUUGGCCAAGUACAACCAGAUCCUUAGGAUUGAAGAGGAACUUGGAGACAAGGCCCGUUUUGCCGGCAAGAACUUCAGGCACCCCAUCUGAGUGGAUCGUCUCUGUCGGGCCAUUGUGUCUUCAACGCUCAUAAAUAACCCUCACAUAUGCGCCACGCUAGGUCGCCCGCCCCCACAUAGAAAGGAAAGAGCGCUGCUGCAAUCAAUGGUCCAAGUCUGUGGUCUGUGGCGUGGAGGCGUGAUGAUACACCCUCGUGCAGCCACAGCUCACCUCAUCCCCAAACUAUGCUUUAGCUCCUGGAUACUAUUGGUCCCCGUGUUUGUGUCAGUCACUGUGUGAACGAUUUCUGUUGAAAACUUCUUGUGAGUUGUAGUGAUUGUUGUGCUCUGUGUAUCUGAGAUACUGUAACUUUAGUAAGGCUUUGACUCAGGCAGUGGUAACAGUACUGUAUGUGCUAUGUGUUGCAACUGACAAGGUCUUGUGUUGCUGUAAGUGUUGGCAGAGAUGUAUAAUAAAAGACAUAGUUUGAAA